AAUGACAAUCAACAAGUCAGGGGCUAAUCAAAGUCGCGUAUCCUCCAUGUAAGACGCGUCUCUACCAUUUCCUCCGUUUCCUUCAAUUUUGAUUAGAGUUUCCCGCUCAAUUCUGCCUGAAACACCAGUACCAAAGACUUCUAUCCCAGGAAAGAACACAGCCAGCCAAUCCUAGCCAUGCCACCCAAACGCUCUAGCCCCGGCGCUGCAGAUGAGGACGGCCCGAGCAAGAAGGUCGCAUCCGAUGCAGCCAAGGCCAGCCAGGCAAAAAGUAAGCGCUGGGCGGCCGUGUCCGGGUCCCGCAACGCCGAUGACGGGUACAAGCAGGCGAUUAAGGACCCGGCCGUCGCCUACGCCUACAUCUGCCUUUGCAGUCCUCCGUGGGGUGAUGACGAUGACGAGGACGACGACGAGGAUGAGGAAGAGGAAGAGGGCGACGACGAGGAUGAGGAAGAGGACGACGAGGACGACGAGGACGGCAGCGCCAAGCCUCGCGUCAAAUGCAACGGCGGGAAGUCCUGCCUGUGCAGCAAGCCCGCCGCGGAGAACCCGGACCAUGCCUUGAUCCUAUCGUUGGCGGGAUCCCGCAAGCAUCUAACCCUGCACGACCUUGCGAACCUGCGGUGCCCGGACUUGUUCGACAUGUACACCUUCAACGACCACCACGGGUACGGCGUGCUGGAGGUAGUGCAGAACCUGUUCCUCGACUUUUUCGAGGCCGAGUCGGACUGGCGCGAGCAGUGGGCCGUGUGCGAGGCCAUGGUUUUCUUCCUGCUCACCCGUGCCGCAGACCCGAUGAUGAUGAUCGAGGGUGACACCGUUGAUGGCACGGUCCGUCUCGUCGGCCGUACCUUCCUAUCAAUGCUUGCCCGGCUCGAGCGCCAGAAAAUGCUCAAGGAAGACUCCGAGGUCAAGAACCUCGGCCUCAUAAUGGCUCUAUAUAUCAAGCUCGCCAGCGAUGUGCGCGAGUUCAGCGUCCUAGAGGACGAGGACGAGGAGACACUCCGCGGCAGGAAGUCGACGAAGGGCGGCAGGGCGGCGUUCCGGUUCGUACCCGACCGGUUCAACGACUACAUCGUCGCCUACGCGAACAAGUACGCCAUUGCGCUGAAGGGACUCGACGAUAUCGACGAGCUGGCGGCGGACUGCGACGGCACCGUCGGGUUGCCCAUCGCGGCGGAGGGCGUCGACCCCUGGGAUCUGGCCGGGGCUCUGCAGAAGUACAAGCGCAACUACGGCGGCACGCCUCGAUCAGGGAGCGGGAUCGGAGGCGAUAGCCUGGACAUCACGGCCUGGAGCAGUGCCGAGCGCAAGUCCCACAGCUUCAAUGGGAAGGACCCGCUGGGGAAGAAAGAGAUUGAUGCCCUCAAGCAGGGGAUGGUCCUGCAAAUCCGCUAGUUUCGGGACUGCACACUGCCGUGUAAGAUCUAGUUUGUGUCAUCUAAUUGUAAUAACUCGGGAGGGACAUGGAAGGGUUU